GGCGGGGAGGCCGAAGACGCGGGAGGCGGCUGAGGAGGCGGGGGAAAGUAGGUGUUCUGGCUGCGUUUAGGUGUCCUGUCUUGGUCCAGUUGUCCCCAGGGAACACCGGUGACAAUAAUGGCAGAGAAAGUAAAUAACUUCCCCCCGCUACCAAAGUUUAUUCCUCUGAAACCCUGCUUCUACCAGAACUUUGAGGAUGAAAUUCCCAUAGACCAUCGGAGUCUUGUGAAAAAGAUUUAUCGUUUAUGGAUCUUUUACUGCAUCACACUUGUGAUAAAUCUCAUUGCUUGCCUGGCUUGGUGGAUAAGUGGUGGACAUGGAGUGAAUUUUGGAUUGGCUAUCCUUUGGCUACUUAUCUUUAGCCCUUGUGGUUAUGUGUGCUGGUUCCAACCUGCUUACAAAGCCUUCCGAUCUGACAGCUCCUUCAAUUUUAUGGCAUUUUUCUUCAUCUUCGGGGCACAAUUUGUUCUGACAGUUAUACAAGCAAUUGGGAUCUCAGGAUGGGGAGUCUGUGGUUGGUUGUCGACCAUCACUUUCUUCCCGACGAAUGUCGGAGCUGCUGUAGUCAUGCUGUUCCCAGCCAUCAUGUUUUCCAUAUCAGCAGUUUUGAUGGCCAUUGGGCUCCUGAGGGUUCAUAAGCUAUACCGAGGGACUGGUGGUAGCUUCCAGAAAGCUCAGAAUGAGUGGAGCACUGGUACCUGGAAGAAUCCCCCAACUAGGGAAGCACAGUACAACAACUUUUCUGGAAAUAGCUUACCAGAGUAUCCCACGGUGCCCAACUACCCUACAGGGAACCAGUGGCCUUAGAAACAUCAGUAACACUGCGUAGAGUUGUAGUGUUUUUUGGAUUUUUUUUUAACUUUGGUUUCUACUACUGUUUGGAAAAUUCAUUUGUUCUUUCUUCUUCAUAAAGCGAUGGUAGAUUAUUAUUUCACCCCUCAAAUAAAAUACCCACAGAAGAAACUCAUUACCUAACAACAACCACCUCUGAAGGAAUCUCUAAAAUUUUGCAUAUCUGUAAUUGAAGCAUUUUUGUGCCCAGUUAACCAGUAUUCAGCACGUUUCAGAUAGAGCAAACUUUUGCUAUCAUUGUCUAGAAAUCAGCCAGAAAUCAGGAUUUGGGACUGAUGACUUGUCCUGAAAACACUUCAUGAAAUUCCUCCCCUGCCCCCAGUCAUACUGUUAUGUCAGAUGUGCAAAAGCCUUUCACUUUCCUCUUCUGUUAGUAAUGAAUUGAAAAUUCAAACUGUGGAAGAAUCUCUUUCUAGAUGCUCUGGUGGAACUCCUCUAUUUAUUUUUCUUCUUCUUACAAUACUGAUGGAGCUGAGCAGUGAGAAUAUAUACUUGAUUUUGCUUUCAUAGUCCUAAGGCAGCCACGGUUUCAAUGGGUGAAUUGCCGCUUUGUAUUAAAUGAGAAAAUAGGAAUUGCCCAAAGACAAUUGAGCAUGCCUGAUCGAAUGAGCCUAGUUUGUAGCUUUUCCACCAUUAAAAAUUUUUAUUUUAAAAUUUUCCUCACCCCAAUGUGCAAAGCACUUGAAAUGGCAUUGCCAGUGGGAAUAUCAAAUUAUCAAAUUCCUGAUUAUAUCUUUCGUUUAGUAUCCACCAAAACUAAUAAUCAGCAUCUCAAAUUCUCAUGAGUUGUAAAAACUCUUCUUGGUUACUUAUCAGAAAGCAGUAGGUGUAUAACUUAUUAGUAUGAAUAAUACAUGUUUUACUAUAUAUUGUCUAGAAAUUUAUUUUUCUUUAGGUUUCCAAGUUAAGAAGUACCAUAGAAAGGUAGGUAAUUGAUUUAGGAUUACCUUAUCCAUGAGGUCAUUGCUUGCCUUAAGGAGUUCUAUGUAUGAAACUCUUCUGUGGGAAGAGAUAGAUGUAAAGGAGGAAGCUUGCUUGGGGAAGCAAAUAAAGCAAGGCUUCACUCCCCUUUCUGCACAUGGGUUUUGUGGGAGGAGGGAAAAAAAAUAAUUUCUUAGAGUGAGCGUACCCACCCAAAUUUAUUUACAUUUGCCAAGCACACACAUUGGAAUCUGUAAGUACAGUAGUCAAAUUCUUCAUUCUUUGAGGCUUUUCAAGCAAAAGUUUAACAUAUUUUUAUAUUUUUGAUUACAAUAACUACAUCAUUUGCACAUUUCCCAGUGCAAAGGACACUUUCAUCAAAUGGUCUUAAAAAAAGAAAAUCUUGAUCUAUGUGCCUUAUCAAAUAAUUAAAACAAAGGAACCCGUUAUCUAAAAGUGACUUUUUCCCCUUCUUCUUUAGUUAGUCUUAAUUUUCCUAAACUGUUUUGUAAAUAUUUCAACAACUGAAAUGCAUUUUGUUGGGAUUUGUGAGACAUAUGAGCCCCCCUCAAAGCCCCUAAACCUGUUUACACUCGAUGCUUAGAAUAUUUUGUUUACAAAGACAUAGAUGUUUCCUAAAAAGUUAUCUUCUUGACCUCAUAACUGCCUAGCCAUUCCCAGAAGUUUAUUCCUUUCAGAAUUUUCUCCUUUAUAAAGUACAUAAUUUGCUGCUUGAAACCAAGGUAUCCUGGUCCAGUGGAAUCUUCCUCUUGAGGAGCUUCCUUUGCCUUUCGUAGAUCAUGCUAAGUGAAAUAUUCAGGUUUACUUCACUCCUAAACUUUUGCCACCUUUAGCCAGCAAACUUCCUCUUAGUCUUCCUGAAAAUAAUGACCAUGUUGUCUCUUGGGAAAAGAGCAGUCAAGUUUUCAGCAUCAUGUCUGCUUAAUGAAAAUUCCUAGAUUACUGCGAAAAGCAGCACAUGGUGUCUUUCCAAAAGCACAACUUUAUGCCAAGAUCUGCAAUUUGCUUAGAGAACAAACUAUGUAAAACACUAUGGCUCUUUUUUGUAGUUUUUAAAGUGUUUAUAUUAGACAUAUAAAAUUAACAGUGUUGGUGAGAAAAUAACAAUUGGAAUUAAUGACUUUUUUGGUUAUUUGCAUGUUUCUUUGUGGUGUAUUUUGUUCAAUAAAAGUAUUCUUAAAAUCUG